ACAAUAAAAUGCCAGGCUGAGGUAAUUUUUCUCCGUGUUGAGUACUUUUCUAUUUUGCUGAUGAUACUUUUGUGCCAUUACUUGCGGCAGGACAACAACUUCUACUACUAACAGUGUUUUUCAGAGCUGAGUGAAGGAGUUGUGUCCGUCGCCCCCUGGUGGACGUUUCGAUGAACCUCUUCACACUCUCCUCUAGCUCACAGACGAGUUGUCAUGGCAACUGUACAGCAUGUGUUAACAAAAACAAGAGCUUGACCGUUCACCGACACCUCUCUCGACACUCGACAUCUACGGCGCCAUCUUCUUCUUCUAGCUUUUAUCAGAGGGGGAGACAGCAGUUACUCCUUCGAGCAGAGAGGAGCCGAGGAGAGUCAAAGAUGAGCGGAGCCAAAGCCCGCAGCGACGCGCCUGUUGCUGAAAACGUCUCCAGCGGCGGGCACAGCACUGCGGCUCCUCCGCGGGACCGCAAGCCUGGCGGAGGGGUUCUAAAGAGGCUCAAGUCCCGGAGGAGCCAGGUGGACAGUAGGCCCGUCACGGAGGAAGACCUGCGGAAACAGAGUGGACACAUCACGCCGGAGGAUGUGUUGGGGCUGCGGGUGGCAACGCGAGAUCAGAGACCUGGAGACCAGCACUGUCCUAUUUGAGAUUGCCAAACCCCCACAUACAGAGGAUGAUGAGGAGAACAGAGAGGCAGAUGCCAGCGCAGGCCGAUUUGUACGUUACCAGUUCACCCCAGCCUUCCUCCGACUGAGGACCGUGGGAGCUACGGUGGAAUUCACCGUUGGAAACCGGCCUCUAAACAACUUCCGCAUGAUCGAGAGGCACUACUUCCGUGAUCACCUGCUGAAGAGCUUUGACUUUGACUUUGGCUUCUGUAUCCCAAACAGCCGUAACACCUGUGAGCACAUCUACGAGUUCCCUCAGCUGUCUGAGAGCCUGGUCCGUCAGAUGGUGGAGCGUCCUUAUGAGACCCGGUCAGACAGCUUCUACUUCGUCGAGAACAGACUGGUCAUGCACAACAAGGCAGACUAUGCUUAUAAUGGAGGACAGUGACAGGCAGUAUCUGCCUGCUAGCAUGCAACACAAGCACAAACAUGUGCAUGCACACACAUGUACUCACAUUUAUAGCUAUACAUAUACACACAUGCAUCGACAUGGCUAAACACACAUACAGUUGAUUCACUCACAGCUACAGACACGGUUGAGUUACCUAUUGUGUUUGUAAAGGUGAAUUGCCAUUCAUUGCUGACAUUUUCAGGGGAUUUAUUUGAUAUUGCAGUAGGUCAAUAUCACUCUGUACUCUGACAUCUAAACAGGAAGCUGCUGUUAGAAAGAGGUUCAAACGGGUUAAUUUAUCUGUUUUUAAUUAUGGACAGAUUGCUUUAAAACCAAAGAGGACUCAUCAUUCUAGUGGCCAUGUGAUGUUUGUCUCAAACAGACCAAAUGGUUAUUAGAUAGAUGGUUAGUCUCCUCUUAGCAAUUUUAAAAGUGUCCUACCACCCACUCAAAGCACAGGCACACAUUUGCACACACACACUCAAUCCCCAAGUGACACACAUAGUGUUUACGCAGUGUUUGUCAGAAGCAGCUGUUCUCAGAGCUGCCGCCUCCACAAUCCACUCCAGACAAUAUCGGGGGAGAAAGAGAGAAGCCAUCCACAAAAACACUCCUGUCAAACACACAUGGUCACUCCUGUGAUCCUCUCCCCACCUCCCUCUCCUCUUUCACUUUCAUACGCACAUAAACACAUCAGAAAUAGUACUGUACAUUGAUCAGAGAUCUCUGAAAUAUUACUCUUUUAUUUUCGUUCCAUUUUUCUCUGGUUGAUAACACGGAAACUGAUGUAAUUGGAAUUUUUGACUCCGACCAAAUAAGCUUUGAGUAACAAACAACAGUAAAAAAGGAAGUUUCAAGUAGAAAAUCCUCAUUCUUUCAGAGAGGGGCAGAUAUGAUUUGCAUGUGAUGAUAUAAACGAAAAAAGGGAAAGAGUUUCAUAAAUUAUUUGGUAUUCAGUGUGAUAAAAGUGAAAAAUAAGUAUACUCGGUCCAAGGAAGAGGUUGGGCUUCCUUAUUUGAAAGUCACCUCAGAUAUUCUUAACCCCCAUCUUAGUUAAACCGCCUGUAUUUUUAAACCAUUCCUUUUGUCAUGCACCUCUUGAAACAUCAAAAUCAAGUUAGAAUAUGUUGGAAUAAUUGAGUGAUAUUUCUUCUAUCUAGAUAGUGUACCUCCUCUUUGUACUUUGUAAACUUUGGUGUUCAGGGUUAAAGGUUGUGUUUGUAAAAAAAAAAAAAAAAACUAUAUAUAUAUUAUAUAUAUUAUAUAUAUAGUUUGUAAAAAGUGACAAAAGUGAAUAAAUGUACAUUUUUAGAUACAAGAUGUGUGACGCUUGUUUCAUUUCAGAGCAUGUGAAAAGUUGAAGAGAGUUCAUUUUGGUCAAAAAGUCCCAAAAGUGUCCACUAGGAGGAGUUAUAUUAUAACUAAGUUACAAAAGAGUGCCACUGGUUUCAGUUUAGAUUCAUGUUUGGAUGUGGAAAAGAUCACAGCAGUGGUUUUUAUUAUUAAGCUGGGACAUGUUGACAUUCAUAUCUGAUAUUUGCUUAUAACAAGUUGAAUUACUUCGGAUGAGGUCAUGAUCUAAUCCCUUUAUUCAUCUAUGGCUUUGAUUUCAGUGUAGAUGGGACACAGCACUAAUAAUAUUUUAAUUCCACACCAUUACUUUAUCUACAGGCCACAUGUGAUGAGUUAACACAGCACGCGAUACAUUUUGAAAUUUGUUCAGGAUUGUUUCACUUCGAUAAUCCAUUUUUGGAGUCUUGUGGGAUUUAAACCAAAAUCUGAGCUUCUCUCUGUUUAUUCUUUCUGUGGCUGUUUCCUCCUAUCUCUGUGUUCAUCUCUUGAUCUCGCUCAGCCUCUCUCAGUUUCCAUCUCUCUUUCCAGCUCUCAUGCCCAAACUCUCAUAGUCUUUUCUCUCUUGCCUCUCCUUUUCUAUUUCUCUCUCCACACCUAUGCAGCUCUCCCUCGCUCACUCUCCUGCUCUGUUUUUCCCUUUUCUUUCCUCCUCUCUCACCUGGUAACCAGACCUCUGGAGAGAAGUGUUGAGUUUCCACUUUCCCAGAGAAGAGGACAAUCUGAGGCACACAAAGACCCACAAUGGACCCCCUCUGCUCUCUCCUCCCUUCACUCUGUUGUGGCACAGCUGAACACACAUACACAGAAACAUGAAUUUCACACAAAAAUAUAUAUAAAUAAAGAAUACGUAAACCCUUUGCUUGUCAUUCAUCCUGUCCACACACCUCCUCAGUCAGUUUCUUUUAUGGUUUUUUGUAUCACACCUUUUUUUCAACUAAACCCUUUCUGAUCAAUUCAGUUGUAUGAUGUAUGAUUUGUCAUCUUCCACCCUCCUCUUUCUUUGUAUCCUAAUAAAACAUUUAAUUUA